CAGAUUUCCCAUCAAAAAUGUGUCAAAUAACAAAAAACAAUAUUGCACUUCAAACCCAUAAAGGUCCCAAGUUUAAUACACAUUUGGUUGGGUUUAUGUUGAGUCCAUUCUACCCUUAUGUUCCCAUACUGCUUUGGAUUUUAUUAUGCCAUUGCCAUGCCAAAGAUCUUCUGCAGCUUUUCCGUCCAAAACCAGAUCUACCCAACGAGCUAAACGACUUUCUGACUGACGUACAGCACCACAAAGACGAUUUCGCCUUUAUACGUCACGUGGCAAAAAACCAAAGAAAAUACCAAAACAGCUAUUUGGAAAAUCAGCAUCUGUUCGGGGAGGAAAUCGACAAUCAGCUGACCGUGAAUCCAGAACGUGGUGAAAAUGCCCGGGAAAACGAUGUGGAUAAAGUGGGGCAGCUCCUACCGACCCCCUCGCCCCUAUUGGAGAGUUUCAGGCAGGAGCCUAACAGUUUAUUAAACUCGAAAUAUGGAAAUUUGAAUUUCGAUUUGGACGCUUUGACGCAGGACAAGUCUUUGAAGUCCCUGUUUCCUCAGCCUAGGUACAGCAAAUACCUGCAUAGCCCAAUAAGGUUCCGCAGGGAACUUGAGGACAACUAUUUAAACCAAAGGGUAAAAACCAACUCCGAGGGCAAAUACGGAAACAUCCGAAGGGAAGAACCCAAAUUCCCCGAUAACAAAUAUCAUACUGGUUAUGUUGUUGAUGAUCAUGAGGAAUAUGAUGAUUAUGAUGCUGAUGAGGGAAAAAAACAAACGGCAAGUGGAAAUAAACAUUAAGAGUGACGGUAAACUGGUAAAACACAUAGAAGAAAACGACGGCGGUCCAAAGUCGAUUAUCCUCAACAUCAAGUCGAAUAACCAGUAUCCUUCUAGCAUGGUGCAACAGACUCUAGCUGUAGCGACAGCAGCUCCUCAAAAACUAUCCUC